AUUCAACUUACCAGUAUAUAAAAGGUUCUGCUGACAUUAAAUCCAUCCAAGGAAUUUUCCCUUGUGGACUUCAGUGUGUCACCAUUUUAAUUGGUGUCUAUGACAUACAGACAGGGGUGCCUCUGAUGGGAGUCAUCAAUCAGCCUUUUGUGUCACAAGACCUAAACACCCUCAGGUGGAAAGGACAGUGCUACUGGGGCCUUUCCUACAUGGGGACCAACAUCCAUUCACGUCAGCUCGCCAUCUCCAAAAGAACCGUCAAAGAAACACAGACUGAAAACGCCAGCUCUGAGGUGGAAUUCUCUCACCCUUUGUCAGCAGUCAUUAGUACAAGUGAAAAGGAGUCUAUCAAAGCCGCGUUGUCACGUGUAUGUGGAGACCGCAUAUUCGGGGCAGCUGGGGCUGGUUACAAGAGCCUCUGUGUUGUCCAAGGCCUUGUUGACAUUUACAUCUUUUCAGAAGACACCACAUUCAAGUGGGACUCUUGUGCUGCUCAUGCCAUCCUGAGGGCCAUGGGUGGGGGAAUAGCAGACUUGAAAGAAUGCUUAGAAAGAAAUCCAGAACCAGGGCUUGAUUUGCCACAGUUGGUGUACCACGUGGAAAAUGAAGGUGCUACUGGGGUCGAUCGGUGGGCCAACAAGGGAGGGCUCAUUGCCUACCGAUCCAGGAAGCAGCUGGAGACAUUCCUGAGCCUUCUCCUCCAGAACCUUGCACCUGUGCAGACACAGACAUAGAUGGACUGACCUCUGUGUACAUAGAAACCAAAUCGUGAAACUGUUCUCAUUAUCUCUAUCUUUUGAAGAUAGCUUUGUCCUAUUGAUGGUUAUCAUUUACCUUCCUCUUUUGAGGAGCAUUUUCCCAUCAGGUGUUCAUAAUUAUGUUAAUGUCAAUAAAUUAAUGAGAUUCAUGCAGCAAUUAAUUGGGGUAUGAAAUCCUUUCAGCAAAUAUUGUGCUGUUAGUGUUUAUUGGAACACUUCAAUAAAAUAUUGAAGAAAA